AUGGAUAGUAUACAGUACGAAAGGAAAAUGAUGGAUAUUCUCAAUGAUUCAAACAAAUAUUCAAGAGUGUCCAUCAAUGAAAUCAACAUCGCAUAUAGAAAAAUACAAGUUACACUAAAUGACUUACUGUUAGAAGGUUCAAUUGAUGUGGAAACAUAUAAAUUUCUGCAUGUGGAGAAGCCUAAAGUACCUUGCAUCUUUGGAAUGCCGAAGGUGCACAAAAACUCUCAGGACCCACCACUGAGACCUAUUGUCUCUGCGGAGGGUUCUGUGACAGCACCACUAGCAAAAUAUGUGGAUUCAAAGGUAAAAUGUGUUUUGGAAGGAAACAAAAAUGUACUGGUUGAUUCUUGGGAUUUUUUGAGGAAACUGGAACCUUCUUUGUUUAGUGACAGUAUAGCAUUUGGUACACUAGAUGUCGUGGACUUGUUCACAUGUAUACUACACAAUCUUGGUACUUCUGGACUGACAAUAUACCAGACCCCAUCUGUUACUGUCACAGAGGGGAACAAUACUAUAAUGAACUGCACUUUGUCAGAAGAAUCUCUGGGCCCUGUCCGAUGGUACAAAGGAGGCAAUCAGCAGCAGCAGCUCCUGUACUCACAGUCUGAAAGUGAGAAACCAGACCCACGAGUGAGUAGGACUGUAAAGGAAGGCCCUACAAGAAAUACUGAUCAGUCAAUCACAUUUAUACUUAUUCGCUUGGAUGAUGCCGGGAUGUAUUAUUGUGUGAAGUUCAAUUCUGACAAGGUAACUGUGGCUACAAAUGGAUCAGGAACACACCUUUAUGUGAACAGUACUUCUGGACUGACAAUAUACCAGACCCCAUUUGUUACUGUCAAAGAAGGGAAUACUGCAAUAAUGAACUGCACUUUGUCAGAAGAAUCUCUCGGACCUGUCCGAUGGUACAAGGGGGGCAAUCAGCAGCAGCAGCUCCUGUACUCACAGUCUGAAAGUGAGAAACCAGACCCACGAGUGAGUAAGACUGUAAUGGAAGGCCCUACAUACAUAACUGAUCAGUCCAUCGCAUUUACAUUUAUUCGCUUAGAAGAUGCUGGGGUGUAUUACUGUGUGAAGUUCAAAUCUGACAAGGUAACUGUGGCUGCAAAUGGAUCAGGAACACACCUUUAUGUAAACAGUAAGUAA